GAGGGGCUUCGUACGGCCCUGGCGCGAUUGCGGCAUUGCACCCCCACGGGGGGUUCUCUGCCAAACGCACAGAACUCGUCCUCCACCCCGGAACACAAGAACCACCAGGGCUGUUUGGACGGCCGCGGGGCGAAUGGACGAAACAACAGGAACGGGAACAGGAACGGCGGCGGUUCGCGCAGCAACGGGACCGAUUCGGCGUCGGCGUCGGCGUCGGCGUCGGCGUCGGUGACAACGGCAGCGGCAGCAGCGGCGGCGGCGGCGGCGGCGGCGGCGACGGCGGCGGCGGCGUCGGCGGAAACGGAGGGAUCCGAGUCGCAGUCGCAGUCGCAGUCACAGGCGUCGCGUGCAGGCGGCUCUUCGCAUCGGCACAAUGGGACCGAGAAUAUCCGCGAUACCGAUUUGUUGUCUCACGCGACAUCCGCGCUGCGAAGACUGCACUUCAAGUCUACCGGCGGCAGCCGCAGUAGCUGCAGCGUGCCGAAGGUCGUUGUCAUGGGAUCGAGCACCGCGUCCGAGACCACGAUCAACACCAGCACCGACAGCGCCAACACCAUGCUCACGAUGGUGACCACCACGGACGGAGAACAGCCGGACGAUAGUUUCGAUCUGAUAGACAUCCCCUCGGAGAUGUCACCGCCCGCUCCACUGCCGGCGGCUCCAACGCCCGAGCCGGCUCCGCCGCCACCGCCUCCGCCGCCGCCGCCGCCGUCGUUUUUGCCGAUCGACGAGUAUUCCCAGGUGGAUCGGCCGUGCAUAGCCACGGCCACGGGCCAUAUAUCGAUCGCUGCCGCGCGAUCGGAGAUCACCGCCCGCCUCGAGGUCCGAGUGUCGAGCACCUCGAACCUCCUCGAGGACGUGGACGGUCCACCGGUCGCCGCGGCCAUGCUGGCCGCCAACAAUCUCGAAAACAACAACGCGCCCAGGUUGCCUUCCUCCGGUCGCACCCCCCCGUUGCCGGACCUCCGCGCGACCGACUUUUUCAGCACCCCGGUGAGAGGCUCGGUGGACGCGGGCCAGCCGGACCCCGACUUCAACCCGAUGCUGACCCUGAUCGUCGGGAAGGCGCGCGAGGACACCGGCCCGUCCUCCGACCGAUCCUACUCACGGCGGAACCACAACUCGUUCAGCGAGGGCAAGCACGGCCAGAGGAAGCCGAGCGUGAACGUGACCACGAACCCGCUGGACAUAUCGCUGGUCGGCGCUUGCGCCAGCAACGAGAGACCGUCGUCCGAUGGUCCUCCUGGUAGGACCGGACCACCGGCCGGCAAGAUCCGUGGAAGAGGCGCCGGUGAGUGGGGCCGAUCGAGAUCCGCGCACGAAUCUCAUCCCCUCGUUUCGACCAUUCAUUCAUGGGUCAGGCUCUUUUUCCCGUUUUGCGCAAUAGGGGGCAACACGGCCGGCAGCAAGAGAACCACGCAGGCGGCUACGAUCGUGGUGCAGCAGCCGUCGCUGUCGCUGGACGGGUCCACCGGGGCAGCGACCAUCCUCUUGCACCCGGAGGUGGACGUCAGACGCCGCGAAGAGAACAUGAGACAGCUGCUGGACGUCGCGAACACGUUGACGUUGCAGGAGAUACACGACUUCGAGAUGAGAUACGGUAGCCCGCACCACAGCAGGUCGCAGUCGGUGAAAACGCCCGGCAGCCGUUCGUCCGGCCGGCCAAAUUACUUGUGUCUUCCGCAACAGAGAUCGAGGGUCGCCAGUAUGCCGAACACGGGCGUCGAGGAGGAGUACUACAGGCAGAGACAUUUCAGUAUCACCGCCAAAGGGGUGGUAAACAGAGGCGACUCCCUCAAGAGUCGGAGAUCCCGGUCCAACAAUAGCGUCGCUUCGAGCAACUCGAGCACGGAACAUCUGACCGCUUCGUACCCCGGCUCGGCGAGGAACUCGGCGGCGGGAUCGCUGGCCAGCUCGAGGGAGAGCAGCGCGUCUCAGGGACCAACGCCGUACCAUGUUCUGAUGCUGGGCGCUCCGGCCGUCGGCAAGAGCUCGCUGGUCUCGCAGUUCAUGACCUCCGAAUACCUGCACGCUUACGACACCUCGAUCGACGACGAGUCCGGGGAGAAGACGGUGAGCGUGCUCCUGGCCGGGGAGGAGUCUGAGCUGACUUUCAUCGAUCACACCAGCACCGAGAUGACGCCGGAAACGUGCAUCGCGACGUACGAGCCGCACGCGUACUGCGUCGUCUACUCGACGACGGACCGGGCCUCGGUGCGAGUCGCCGAAGCGGUUCUACAAACUCUCUGGCGCAGCGACCACGUCUCCGCAAGGGCGGUGAUCCUCGUCGGCAACAAAGUCGAUCUCGAGCGCAGCCGGUUGGUCUCGACCGCGGAAGGAAAGUCGAUGGCCACGUCCUACGACUGCAAGUUCAUCGAGACGUCCGUCAUGAUCAACCACAACGUCGACGAGCUGUUGGUCGGCCUGCUGACGCAGAUCCGGCUGAAGCUCGAGAAUCCCGAGAGGGCGAGGGACCUGUUCCGGAAGAGGUCCAGGAAGAACCGCAGCAAAUCGCCGCUGGGCUCCUGCUCCGAGAACAACUCGCCGAAAAAGUAUCGCGGCAGUCGCACCAGCACGAGUCUGAAGGUGCGGAACUUGCUCGGCAAAGUAUGGGCGAGGGACAGCAAGUCGAAGAGCUGCGAGAACCUGCACGUACUCUAACUUCUCCGCGGAAUCCUGCGGACAAGGUCCGCGACCUUGAGGACUUUGUUCUCAUCGCCGAUCCAAUUCGCCGACGACGACGAUUCUUCCCGGUUUCGACGCGAUCAACGAAGAGAAGAAUGCGAGCGGCGACGACGACGAGCUCGUUGGCGAAAUAAUCGCGAUGCUCGAACGCCGGAAAAUCGAAGCGACGCAUAGGCGUCGCGAUCGGCUAAACGAGUCCGCUGUUGUACACAGAUGCAAACGUGUUUUUCACGACCACUACUUUAUACGACUCGAACGCGUCCGGUCGUCGUCGACGGACGGCCGUUUUGCCGUCGACGGGAUACUCGGAUCGAUGCGAUCGAUCGAGAUUUUACACUUGUAUAUUCGACGCCCGUGUGUACAAACGCGACGCGCGUACUCGCGAGUACUCGCCGUGGACGCACGGGAAUUUGUACGCGAGCAAAGCACGCCCGCCCGCACGCACGCACGCACGCAUUCGCGCGCUCCUUCUGCACGCGAGCAAAAACGCAAGAAAAAGAGAACACCGGCGCACGCGCGCGACCGUGUUUUUUCAUUGGGACCCUUUGCAAACCGAGACUCGUCUCGAUUCGGAACGAGAGAAACGCGUGCUUCGCGCGAGGCCGACCGCCGCCGCGUCCGACGCGGUCGGAUCCCUCGCCGCGCGUUCGUGCCGCGAGACGAAUACAUACUUUUCGACCGCGUUGUUUCGCUCGAAGCGAGAGCAACGUUGACGAUAGGAAACGCGGUCUUGUUAGCGCUUUCCAUCGCUGUUUCACUUUCCCCGAUCGUGCUCUUCCUCCUUUCUCGAUUGUUCGAUGUCGUUUACUGUGUCCGAUCGUGCCGAUGCAAACGCGAGUAAACCGAACCGAACGAUUCGCGCUUCUCGGGAGCCGUGUAGGACUGUUUUCCGUAGGUAAAACGUAAACCGUUUCGAUUACCGCUACUACGUCCAUCGUUGCACGUUUUCAAACAAAAUAUAGCGAGUAUAUUCGGUAGUUUGGGAACAGUUCUAGUUCGCGAAUUAGAACGCUCGUGCUUGGAAGUAUACGCAUCUCGGUUUACCGUUUCCUAUUUCUGCCUGUACAGAAGUUUCGAGCCGAGCGGCGCUCCGGCGCGCACGAAAAUUAUUUCACCGUCGCGUAGAACGCGCCGCCGCGCCUUGCUCGGAACUGUUCGGCCGUUACCGUUCCACGCGCGACGCGCGCCGCGCCCGUAGUCUCCGCGCUUCUACGACACUUACCGACGGCGGUCGAGCGGCGUAGCCCUCGACGCCGCCGUAGCCUGCGCGUGCACUCGCGUUUGAUAGGAAGGGAUCGUUUCUAUCGGCGAGGGAAACGCGUUUACUCCGCUGUCGCGGCAGGCGUUGGAAACGGAUGGGUCGACCGAGACAUCGAUCCUACGCUUUUUUCGAGCAAGGCACGGUGCGAAGGUAUGUAGCUUCCGUUCAAAUUUGUCUCGCAAACUUGUCGCGAUUCUAUCGCGAGUGUUCGACGACAUUCCUGCGCGAGAUUUUUUAGCGCGCACAACGUACGCAUGUAAUUUCUGCACUGAACAGCGCAUCCCAGGAGACUGGUCCGAAUUGUACAACGGUCGUCGACGAUUUCAGCUACUCGAUCUUUCAAGCACUUUGAUCUAUCUGUCUCUCGUUCGUUCUCUCUCUCUCUCUCUCUCUAUCUUUCUCUCUCUUUUCCACCUUCUCUCUUUGUCUCUCGCUUUUUCUACAACUUGCUCCGUCUUCCUCUUUCUUUAAACACGUAGCAAAGAACUCUCCGCGUCACGGGCGGCACGGCUGCGAGUCGUUUCUCUGGCGGGAGCAACGAGACCACGCCCACUCGCGCGUGGAAACCACGCCCGCUCGGGGCAAUACGCGGUUCGAUCGAGCAGAAUUUCGGCCCGAGAUCAUUUCCACGUUGCUCCCGAGCCAAAGAACGAUCGCGUCGCCCCACGAAAUAGAGGAAUCUCCCGUAGUACGCAGAGACAUAACGAGACUCUCGCUUAACGAACUCGAGUCGACUAGACUUACUCGACUAGGCUCGACUAGCCCGAUAAGGUUGUUACAACCGUCUAGGAUGAGAAUCACGAUCGCUUUCGGGAAUUUGUCGGUGAAUAGUUUUCACGAAUAUUCACGCUUGGCAUGACUCGUCGUAGCGCGUUCGAUUCUAUACUUACGCUUAUGGUAUAACCGAUAACCGCGGUACGAUGAUCGGGACGAACUUGCAGAGAAGCGUUUUGCAUUUGGUAUAAAUACGUUCGAAUGCGUGCAAUCCGAAACGUGUGUGUCCCGGAGAACUAAAAAACAGCGCGACACUGCGCGCGCAGCUCUCUCUCUCUCCCCCACUCUGUUCGUUUCUUCCGUUUUUUGGAUAUGCGAAUGCGUAUAUUGUACGGCUGUGUACAAACGUACGGCGAAUCGAUUCGUCUGUUUUUGUCCCUCGGACCUCUCCUACUCCCUCCCCCCCUUCGCCCGCCCCACCACUCGGAACGUGUUUCGAGCGGGAAAACUUGUUGUCCUCUGCUACUCCCUCGGCCGUUACCGCGAGCGAGAGCAGCGACGUUAAACGCGCCGCGCGCCCAGAGGUACACAAUAUGCUCGCGUUUUUCUUUUUGAAAGAAAAUCGAAAACGAGAGAGCCAUCUAAUUAGAAAAGGACCAAACCGAUAACGAAUAAGAAUACGAAUAGGCGAGAUACGAUGAAAUGUGCGAGGAAAUCGAACGAAGAAGGUUAGAAGAAAGCGACGAGGUAGAGAAAAUAAAAUGUAAUUUGUGCCGUUCGACGGGGUUACGGGCAAGAUGUUCGGUGACGAUUAUCCGUCCACCUACUCUUAAACUCUCGAGAAAAAUCCUUCGUGAACGUUUUUUCAGGCGGCUGUGAAUCGAAUCGAGAAUCGAAUUGAAUUGAUGUUGCGCGCGCGUCUGUGCCGAAUCAGUUUUUCGCGAAGGGGCCGAACAUUCUUGUCCGAACGGAGAGAGCGGGGUCCGCGUUGCACUCUGGAGAAACACGAUACGAGUUUCGAGGACAAUGCGGCCUGAACGCGAGCUAUGAUAAAUUCUUACACCAAGGUGCACGAGUGCACCGAGUGCGCAUGCAGUAGCGUACAAGAUCCGACGGACGAUGUCCCCGUAGCUCUUAGGUUCCAGUACCGUUGUUCUAACGCCAGAUGUCGCUGCCAGCGCCGCUACUGGCGCUGGAACGAACACACAGGUACGACGUACAACUCGCGCGGCCAGAUAAGCUGACGGAUGCCCACAAUGCGGACCACAGCCUAUCGAUUAGGCGAUUUCUUCGAUCGAUGUUAUUACGUACAUAUUAUUAUCCCCUGUACCUGCGCGCCCGUCAUGUAUUAUAUCCUUGUAAUACCGCGCCAAUUUUAUUGUCUGUUCUUGUUAGCGCGUCGUACAUCGUUGUCUGCAUAUUGAUCGUUACCAUCUAGAACAAAAAACAAACAAAAAAACAAAAAAUCGAGAGUUCCGUUUCUCAACGCCGAAUCGAGAGACCGGCGAAGAGGAUGCGACCGCGAUCGCGGGCUCGUUUUUGCGGCUCGAUCUGGUCUCGGUCUAUACGCCGCAAAAGGACAUCGAUAGAACGAUGACAAAAUGACCAGGACACCGACCAACACACCGUUACGAUAACUACAUAUUACGGACACUUCAUUCGUUUCUAUUUGUAUUUCUAUAUCUGUACGUAUGUCCAAUAUAUCUGGAGGAAAAUCUGA